UCUGCCACUGGUGGCUCAGUCAUCGCUGUGUGAGCCAGGCGGCUGCAUGUGUACCUCCUCACUUAACAUACACCCACCAACAUGAGUAUUGACCUCGACACCAACCGGAACUCAGUGUUACAAGCCUUUAAUGAUGUAGUGAGUGACAAGAAAGCCACGGACUGGGCUCUUUUUGGUUAUGAAGGACAAAGCAAUGUUUUGAAGGUGGUGGGAACAGGAGAGGAUGGGUUAGAGGAGCUUGCUGAAGACCUCAACAGCAGUAAGAUCAUGUAUGCUGCUGUUAGGGUCAUUGAUCCCAACACCACAAGGCCAAAAAUUAUCCUCAUAAACUGGGUAUGUAUUGCAAUCAACCUUCCAGUGCUUUUAGCUAUCACUGUCAUGUUCUUGAUUAGGCCUCUUGGCUGUUGGCCUGACUAUUCAGAUUCUUGGUGCUUGCAGUCAUCUGUGCCACAUAGGCACAACAGUUGACUCAUCAUGGAUGAGCUUCAACAAUAAAAUUUCUUAUAAAUGC